GUCUAUCUUACACCCUGAUCCGGUCGCUCAUUUCGCUCUCGUUUCCCCACCUGUCUAUCUUACACCCUGGUUUAUGCAAUGCCUAAACCGAAAGUGUAUCACAUUUUAGGUGCAUGUCUGUGUAACGUUGUGUAGUCCUACGUCGGGUACUGCAACAGUGAAAACUGUCGAAGCUUUUUGUUCCCCUGGCGUUUAGACAAUUUAGCGGUUUAACCGGUUUAGCGCCAGCAAACGGCUAAACAAGGCGACGGAAAUAAGUCCAUCUGGCAACGUUGGGCACCUCCCUCUUGUUUUGGCACGUGUUAGCCGCGCUGUUUCCUCGUAAAUAGGAAUAUUUAGCUACUGUUCAUCUAACAUACAAGAGGGAUGAGCAGAGGUGGCUACGGUGGGGGUGGCUACGGCGGAGGCGGCGGCUACGGAGGCGGGGGCGGAGGCUUCAGAGGCCGCGGUGGUGGCGGCGACCGUGGCGGAGGAUUCAGGGGAAGAGGUGGCGGAGAUCGCGGUGGAUUUGGUGGUCGUGGCCGUGGAGGAGACAGGGGUGGCUUUGGAGGUCGUGGCAGGGGCCGCGGUGGCGGCGGCGGAGGCUUCAGGAGCAACUACGACCAGGGGCCUCCUGAGGAAGUUGUUGAGUUUGCCUUCCUGAGUCACCCGUGCCAAGAUGACCUGGUGUGCAAGGUGACAGAGGAGAGGGUACCUUUCUUCAAUGCCCCGCUGUACUUGGAGAACAAGCAGCAGAUCGGCAAAGUGGACGAAAUCUUCGGCCCCAUCAAAGACUUUUAUGUGUCUGUCAAGCUUCAGGAGGAUGUCAAGGCCAGCUCCUUCAAUUCAAAACAGAAGUUCUUCAUUGACCCAAACAAGCUGAUGCCACUGCAGCGUUUCCUUCCUGGAAACCAAAACCGGGUUGGCAAGCGAGGAGCUGGAGGCAGAGGUGGCAGAGGCGGAUUUGGAAGAGGUGGUGGAGGAGGCUUCCGUGGCGGCAGGGGUGGCUUUGGAGGAAGAGGGGGAGGGGGUGGCUUUGGAGGCAGGGGAGGUGGAGGAAGAGGAGGGGGUGGCUUUGGGGGCAGUGGAGGGGGAUUCGGGAGAGGAGGUGGAGGAGGAUUCAGGGGCCGCGGAGGCCGUUCUUUCAGGUCCUGAUUGUGCAUUCUACCAGAGCCACUGCCAUUGUAUAAAACCCUGCCUGUGUCACGCGUUUUUAUAUAGUAUAAAAGAACUUUUGACAGUGUCA